AUGUUUACGUUUUACUUCAACAACCAGGCUACGAAUCGAUUGGAUUGGUCGAUAAAAAAAUGUAUGUAUUCAAAUCUGAUGAUAUAUGAAUCUCAAAAACAAAGAUUUUUCUUUCUUACCUUCAAUUAAUUUCGAAAAAUGUCGGAAGAGACGGAGGCCAAUGUUGAACCAGGUGCUCAAGAAUACAAACUGGAUGAGAUGAGCGAGUUGCGAUUCGAAGUAGAAGCGGAUGCUAAAAUAACUUUAGAGUUGAAAAGUGGAACUGCAGAAGUUUUUGGAACAGAACUAGUUAAAAAUAAGAAAUUCAACUUUGGUUCUGGUGAUAAAGUUGCUGUUUUUACGUGGUAUGGUUGCACGUUGGAGUUGGUUGGUAAACCAGAAGUUGCGUAUGUUGCAAAAGAAACUCCAAUGGUGUUUUAUGCCAACUUACACGCUGCUCUUGAGCAAAUGAGGGUAAAAGCUGAAAAAGACGACGGAAAAGGACCCGUUGUAAUGAUCUGUGGACCCUCUGAUGUCGGAAAAACUACACUGUGCCGCAUUCUUCUCAAUUAUGCUGUAAGACUGAAUAGACGACCUGUAUUUGCUGAUCUGGAUGUUGAAUUAUCAUCAAUAUCAAUACCUGGAACUGUUGCGGCAUUGCCAGUGGAAAGAGUUGCCGAUGUUGAAGAAGGAUUUUCUUCUACAGCUCCAUUAGUUUUUCAUUAUGGUCAUAAAACUCCAGGUCAUAAUAUAGUUUUAUACAAUACGCUAGUUUCAAGGUUAGCUGAGAUAAUUCUUGCACGAGCAAGUGAGGGCAACAGAAGAGCAGGGAUAAGUGGUUGCAUAAUUAAUACGGGAGGGUGGGUAAAAGGGGAUGGUUAUCAGGCUAUUAAACAUGCAGCAUUAGCUUUUGAAGUUGAUGUAAUUUUAGUAAUUGAUCAAGAACGACUGUUUAACGAACUUGACCGUGAUAUGCCGAAAUUUGUUAAAGUUGUGUUUGUUCCAAAAUCUGGUGGAGUGGUUGAACGCAGUCAGCAGACUCGAGCUGAGACACAAGAUAACCAUAUAAGACAAUAUUUUUAUGGGAAAAAGACUCAUUUAUAUCCCCAUUCGUUUGAUGUUAAAUUUUCAGACAUAAAAGUCUAUAAAAUAGGAGCACCGACCUUGCCUGAUUCCUGUAUGCCGUUAGGCAUGAAAGCCGAAGACAAUAGGACUAAACUUGUUCCAGUUCAGAAUGGACAAAAUCUUUUACAUCAUGUGCUUAGUGUCAGUUUUGCUGAAACUGUUGAAGAGGAUGUAAUAACUACAAAUGUUGCUGGAUUUAUAUGCGUUACUAAUGUGGAUCUUGAACGUCAGGCUAUAACAGUAUUAGCUCCACAACCUCGUCCCUUACCUAAAACAGUUCUUCUAAUGGGUGAUAUACAAUUUAUGGACACACAUUAAAAUUUUAUGGAUGAGUAUAACUAAAUGUGCACAUUGCAAGAUAUUUUGUGAAUAAAGAUUUGCUUUAACAUAAAUUUGAUUUGUUUUAAGCUUGAUGGCGAAGCCUUUUGAAAAUUAACUUAACAGGUUAUAAAAAUUUUAUACUUAUUUGUGUGUCUGCAUUUUUUUCCUCACAUUCUGUACUGAAAUAUUGA